GUCAUGCGCUACCAAGUUCUGCUGUCACUGAUGCUGUCCAGCCAGACCAAGGACCAGGUGACAUCGGCUGCUAUGCUGCGCCUCCGGCAGCGCGGCCUCACCGUCGACAGCGUUUUGCAGAUGGAUGAUGCCACACUCGGGCAGAUCAUUUAUCCCGUGGGAUUCUGGAGGAACAAGGUGAAGUACAUCAAGCAGACAACAGCCAUCCUGAAGCAGAAGUAUGGGGGAGACAUUCCGAGAACUGUGGAGGAGCUGGUGCAGCUGCCAGGAGUUGGGCCCAAAAUGGCUCACUUGGCCAUGAACAUUGCCUGGGACAGCGUGUCUGGGAUAGCUGUGGACACCCAUGUGCACAGGAUCACAAACAGGCUGCAGUGGGUGAAGAAGGAGACCAAAUACCCUGAGGAGACCCGGGUGGCGCUGGAGGACUGGCUGCCCAGGGAUCUCUGGAGGGAGAUAAACUGGCUCCUGGUGGGCUUUGGCCAGCAGACCUGCCUGCCUGUGAACCCGCGCUGCAGCGAGUGCCUCAAUCAAGACAUUUGCCCGGCUGCUAAGAGACACUGAGGGAUCAUCUGGUCUUUGUAGGACAACAAAGCUGCUUCUGCUCAGUGGUAGCCUAGAGCUGAGCCCUGGCAAAGCUGUGCUGUGCAUGGGGCUGCCUGUGUGACUGCAGGGAAACAGGAGCCUGCUGCAGCCAGCUCAGCAUCGCUGGGGAGCGAGCAGCCGCUGGCAAGGGCUGAGCUCUCGAGAGGAAGAAGGGUCUUUUCAGAGUGCAGCAGUCCUGCUGGGUCAGUGCUGAAGGCUCCAGCCCCUCUGCGAAUGCCUGGGCCUGCCCCA